CAUAUUGUCUCCCUCCAUGUCGGUGCGUAAAACGUGUGCGCCUCCCGAAUACAAUCAAGUCCCUCCCUGACAGAAGCUGCCGCUCUCCGCUCUGAUUCUAAUUACUGCCCCCACAGGGAACCUCCACUACCAUAAUAUCUUCUGGCUUCCCUCCCUUUUUUUUUUUUCUUCUUCUGCAUCCUGCACCAAACGCGUCAACGUUUUAAAAGGCUGGAUCAACACUAGAAGAGUGAAAAUCCAACGCCAUCGCCGUUACGCGCCAGUUCAGCCCUCACCUGUGCGGGAUGAAGGUAACCUUCGGCUCUCUGGUGAUCACAGCCGGCAUCUGCGGCAUGCUGAGCUUCGCCUUUUUGGCGACUUCGCUGGGAACAGACUACUGGUACAUCAUAGAUAUGAAUCCCAUGAACACGAGCGACUAUGAAGACAUAGUCCCUCCGCACUCGGGACUGUGGAGCACCAAUAAAGGUGGGAAGAUUCAGGGGGACUCUGUGGACUCUAUCACAGCUGACUACUCCAGAUACUCUGAGACUGAGCUGUACAUGCACAGCGCCAUAGUGGUGGUGCUCCCCUUCAGCCUGGUCCUGCUGCUGUUCGGUGGCAUCUGUGGGUUGGUCAGCUCCCUGGCCCGGAGCCCUGUCCUCCUCACCGGCACGGCCUGCUACUUCUUCGUCUGCAGUCUGCUGACCCUGUGUGGCGUCAGCCUCUACAUCAUUUACUCAUACCAGGCCCUGGCUGAGACCGAGAGGCUGGUGGGGCCGGAGGGUCUGGCCUACGUUCGCACCUCUUUCGGCUGGUCUCUGGGUCUGGCCUGGCUCUCCUACGGCCUGGAGGUCCUCACCGGCAUACUGAUGCUCCUGGCUGCUCGAAUGGCCAAGCUGCAGCUCAGCAGUCCCACCAUGACCUCGCACAAACCCCCACAGUGGAUCCAACACAAUCAGGACGGGAACUGAACCGAGCUGAGCUGAACUGAGCUGACCUGUAAGUGAUGCAGCUAUUGGGUUCUGCCAAGGUAACGACAUGUGGAUGGUGCGAAAGGCUUUAGCAAAAGAAGUUGAACUGAAGAUGUUUUGGACUGAGUGUUUUCUAAGUUUAAUGUCCUAAAAACUGCUUCAGAUUUGAGAUGGUGAUUCACAGUGAGUGAGGAAGCGGACUACUCCGAGUUAAAGUUGACCAAGCGCGCCCUCUUGUGGUGAGAAUUGAGGUUGCUUCUCAUGAUCAGGUCCACUCAGUACUUGUGUCACACUGGCAAACUUAACUGACAAGGCUUACAAAUAUAAGAUCAUUUCAUGUUACUUUAAAUCUAUAGAUUCAUUUUGAAUGUCAUAACAAGUAAUAUCGAUGUUGUCAGUUUUUUUAAUCAAGCUGAUUAUUGCGAUGUUAGCUGUGUUUGUUGGUUGUUUUUCAGUGUCCACAGUGUUCGAAUUGUUUCAUUGAAAACGGAUUUGUUCCAUGUUACUGCAGCCUAUUAAAAUCUGACACUAUUGCAGCCACUUGUCUGUAUUUUGAGCUCAGUUGGAGAAUUGAGUGGUAGGAUCACCUCUUAAAUCUCCAAGUCCUAACUGUCCAGCAUCAUAUGUUGUUUCUUCUUGGAGACCAGCUACUUUAUAUCUUUAAUCAUAAAGUUAGUUUGUCAUGUUGAUAUGGACUCACCAAUCACACUUGAACGACUGAUUCCAUUUCACUGUUUAUGAGCUUUAGUCUUGCUCCUAAUUAUGGUUGCAUGAUAUUGUAAAAAAGAAAAAAUCAUACAGUGAUGACUUUGACAGAUUAUUCUCUGUGAUGAUUCAAAAUGAGUGUUAACAAUCACUUUCACAAUUAGUGACAAUAAAACUAUUACAA